CUCUCUCUCUCUCUCAGGAUGUCGAUCGUCAGCAUCGUUGCCAGGGAGAUCUUGGACUCCCGGGGAAACCCCACUGUGGAAGUGGACCUUCGCACAGAGAAAGGUCUAUUCAGGGCUGCGGUGCCCAGCGGAGCAUCCACAGGGAUCUACGAGGCUCUGGAGCUCCGAGAUGGAGACAAGAGCCGUUACAAGGGCAAAGGUGUUUUGAAGGCAGUCGGGCAUAUCAAUGACACUCUGGGUCCGGCCCUCAUAGCCUCGGGCAUCAGCGUGGUGGAGCAGGAGCAGUUGGACAACACGAUGAUCGAGAUGGACGGCACAGAAAACAAAUCUCAGUUCGGGGCCAACGCCAUCCUCGGAGUGUCUCUAGCCAUCUGUAAGGCCGGCGCUGCAGAGAAAGAAGUUCCUUUAUACCGCCACAUAGCCGACCUGGCCGGAAACACGGAGCUGGUGCUGCCGGUUCCUGCCUUUAAUGUGAUAAACGGAGGUUCUCAUGCUGGAAACAAACUGGCCAUGCAGGAGUUCAUGGUCCUUCCUGUUGGUGCCGAGUCCUUCAAGGAGGCGUUGAGGAUAGGAUCGGAGCUGUACCACACACUGAAGGGCGUGAUCCAGGAGAAAUACGGCCAGGACGCCACCAACGUUGGAGACGAGGGGGGGUUCGCUCCCAACAUCCUGGAGAACAGCGAGGCUCUGGAUCUGCUGCAGACGGCCAUUGAGAAGGCCGGCUUCACGGACAAAGUCGUAGUCGGGAUGGACGUCGCUGCCUCAGAGUUUUACCGUGAGGGGAAAUACGACCUGGACUUCAAAUCCCCACCGGAUUCAGAGAGACACAUCAGCGCAGAGGAGCUGGCUGACAUCUACCAGGGCUUCGUCAACAACUACCCAGUGGUGUCCAUCGAGGACCCCUUCGACCAGGACGACUGGGAGGCCUGGUCCCGUCUGACGGCCCAGGUGGGGAUCCAGGUUGUCGGGGACGACCUGACGGUGACCAACCCCAAGAGGAUAGAGAAGGCUGCCGAGGAGCGAGCCUGCAACUGCCUGCUGCUCAAAGUCAACCAGAUCGGCUCCGUCACCGAGGCCAUACAAGGGUGUAAACUGGCUCAGGCGAAUGGUUGGGGUGUCAUGGUCAGCCAUCGCUCAGGAGAGACAGAGGACACCUUCAUCGCCGACCUGGUGGUUGGACUCUGCACUGGACAGAUUAAGACCGGCGCCCCCUGCAGAUCUGAGAGGCUGGCCAAGUACAACCAGCUCAUGAGGAUUGAAGAGGAGUUGGGCGACCAGGCUCGUUUUGCAGGCCAUAACUUCAGGAACCCCAGCGCCCUGUGA